UACUUAAACUAGGAGAUUCUGCAGUGAGUCUCAAUACAGUGGAAGUGGAAUUUGAUAGCUGUAGUAGGGAAGAAGAAGAAGAAGAAGAACUCCACACUAAGCUGAUUUUUCUUUCUUACACUAUGGCGAGGGUUGGUACAUACAUACAUUCAUAUGCGACAUGGGUUCUUCUUUCUCAAGCUCAAGGUGCGAUGUCUUUAUUAGUUUCAGAGGUAAAGACACUCGAAACACUUUCACUAGUUAUCUUUACUCUGCUUUGAGAGCAAAGAAAAUCAGUACUUACAUGGAUGACAGAAUAAAGAAAGGAAAAGAGAUUUCUCCAACAAUUACCAAAGCCAUUAAGAGAGCAAAGCUUUCUGUGAUUGUUUUCUCAGAAAACUAUGCUUCUUCUUCUUGGUGUUUGGAUGAACUGGUGCAAAUACUGGAGUGCAAGAGAAAGAAGAAUCAGAUUGUUAUACCUAUUUUUUAUGGUGUUGAUCCAUCAGAUAUCAGAAAACAAAAAGGGAGUUAUACAAUUUCAUCUGAACGCUUUGAGGGCAAAAAAAGCAAAGUACUUGAUAAGUGGAGGAAGGCUUUGAAAAAAGCUGCUAAUAUAUCAGGAUGGGACUCACAAAGGGUUAGGCCAGAACAAAAAUUGGUUGAGGAAAUCGUGAAAGAUGUUACGAAGAGAUUAAAAAUUGACAGUGCAACCAUGGUGGCCACGGGCGUUGUUGCUGGAAGCACUGCUGCCGGAGUAACUCUAUGUUUUUAAAACUGAAUAAUAGUUUGUUCUCUUGUUGUAUACGAAUUAUAUUGUAGUGUUUUACAAAGCCAAAAGAACAAGGAUAAAAUCACA